UGUGUGAAUGCGAGGAGCUGGCAGAGAGGAGCUGGCAGUGAGGAGCAGCCAGUCUGUACGGGAGAGCAGGACAGGGAGCUUCAUAAUGGAACUUCUCUCUGGUGGUGAAUGUUAACGAGAGCCGGGGAAAGUGAAUGUGCAUUUAGAUGUGUGGGAGAAGGGCUCCCUAUGUCACAUCUCAACUUCAAGGAUUGCACUUUUCUCUCCUUUGGGUCAAGAGCGCGCAGUGACGCAGGCGAUCGCUGGCCACUAGUCUGCAGCUCUUUCCCUGUGCGUUUGUCGGGAGUUGAUGGCACUACAGUGCAAACAGGGAGACGAGAAAGACGAGCAAGAGGAAGAUGUGAUUGAGAAAAUGUGGGGGAAGAUCGGCUCAGGGAGGGCUGGGCGCAGACACCCUCUUCUGAAGCUCCCCUGAGUUGCACUGCUGCAGCAUGUCAGCCAAAUCUAAGGGCACAACCUCUCCAGCAGAGGGGCCAGUUGAUGGGCCAGCCUCCAAAGCCAAGGUGAAGGAGCAGAUCAAGAUUAUCGUGGAUGAUUUGGAAUUAGUCCUGGGAGACCUGAAGGAUGUAGCUAAGGAACUUAAGGAGGUGGUUGACCAAAUUGAUACACUAACGUCAGACCUACAGCUGGAAGAUGAGAUGACAGACAGCUCAAAAACAGACACACUGAACAGUAGUUCAAGUAGCACAACAGCUUCCAGUUUAGAUAAGAUCAAGGUUUGUGCCAAUACACCACUUAUAAGUCCCCCUACCUAUCCAUCUGCUGUUCUUACAGUUCUACGAAAGCCCAACCCACCCCCACCACCACCACGGCUGACACCAGUGAAAUUUGAAGAUACGCUAAAGGUAGAGCCUUCAUCAAACAAGGGGAGGAAUAAUGGAAUUUUACUUCGCAAUGGUGGAUUUCCUGGAGGGCCAGUCAACAUUCCCAAUGGGGACCGAUGUGCCAUUCACAAUUUUAAAGUGGAAAAAAAUCCAGAUACACUCAUGACACAUAGGACAGAAAAAGAACGGUGUGCACAGUCUUCAACUAGAGAACGCGUACGUUUUAGCGAAAAUGUUCUUUACCAUGGCUACUGUCCUGACUGUGAUGUGCAAUCGGAUAUAAAAAACAGAGAUUUACAUUUACAUGGUGAGCUGGUUCAUAUAGCAGGAAAACGUCCACAUCAUUGUUCUACUUCUCCAACAUCAUCCCAUGCUCCCUUUCCUAUUGAAAAUGGAGGACUAGGAAUAAACAGCACUAGUAGCCAUCAUUUUCAAAAAACAGGAACUCAACCUCCACAGACUGCGCCAAAACCCCAAAAGACUAUACUAAGGAAAUCAACCACUACGACUGUGUGAUAUUUUUAUUUUUUUACCUUCAUUUUUUUAUUUAUGAGUGUGAAGAAAAUUAGACAAUGAGCACUUUAAAGCAAUAAGUCCAAAUGAAACCCGAUAUCCUUAAAAACUGUCAAAACAAUCAUUUGAUCAUUGAGGCGGGGAAGUAUCUUCAAACAGUGGCUCUUUCAUUCAUAUAUAUAUUAAGUUUACAUACUUCAUUAUGACUUUUGCCGAGUGAAAAAUGGGGGAAAAUGCCACAAGAGACAUCCUUCUAUGUCAUUGAAGUUUCAGCACAAUGAUAUGAAGUACUCUCCUUGAUAUCUCUCCACUAUGAAGACCUACAAUCUAGAAUCACAGCCUUAAAUCACCUCUAGAAAGCAAUGUAGAACUAUUAGUAACAACUACACAACUAUUGGGUUAUGCUUUGAGCGCUUUAUGAAAAGGAAUCAAUGGAAUGGCUAUACUUUAAACUUCUCAAACAUCACUGAGCCUCUCAAUUUGGAGAAUAACGGACAAUAAUGCUGGUAUAAAGGAUAUUGGUGGCCUGGAUGGUAAAUGACUUUGAUAACAGUUGAGAAAGUCUGUGUUGUGCCCUAUAAAGCCAUAGACGAAUCGAGGAAGAUGUAGAGUGACUACAAAAAGUGCUGUAUCUCUAUUACUUUCUUUAAAUUCAUUAUCAGCUUAAGAUCAAAUGUCGUGGACUGCGUUCAAUGCAUGUCAAAAAAUAUUUGCACUGUCAGUUCCAUUCAGGGUAAUGCUAUGUGCCAUUGUUUGCAAAGUCAGAACAGAAACAUUAGUGCAUCAUUUAGGGGUUUGCAAGACUUCUGAGGAUGUUCUAAUAUGGACGCCUCAGGCCCUUUAUCUUAGUAUGAAACCGGCCUCUUUACAUGUUGAGAUGGAAAAAAGAAACUUGUAUGUAUAGACACACACAAGUCAUCAACAGUUUUCAAAUAGAGAUAUAUUUAUUUGAUAAAGUCUGAUACUGCCUUAUAAUCACAGGAUCUCAUUUUAGCGUAUGUCUACAUUUGUUAGUGUUCAUUAGGCAUUUCAGGCUUCAUUAAAUUCUCCCAAGGAGCUUGCUUUCAUUCACAUCAAUUAAAACAUUUAAUUAUUGUUAUUUUAAUAGUUAUUGCCAAGGAGGGAAGUGAAAAGUUGUAUAGAAAUGAGUACCAGCAAAAUAUAUUAUAGACUUUAUCCAACGUCAAAUAACAUGUUGGAAAGUGACUUAUUGAAUUUUAUGCUUGUAUCCUAUAGCAUUUAUCUUUUGUCCCUAUAAAAUGUUCUUUGUAUUUGAUUUUUUUCCCAUUUAGUUGGUUUUACUAUGAAUUCAUUUUAUCGAAAUGCAAAAAAAAAGCCAAUUAUGUCAGGUCAGUGAAAUCUUCAGGCUAAAAGCUUUAAUAUAAAUACUAUAUAAGAUUGUAUAAUUAUAAAAUAUAUUUCUACGUGCGCACAUGUAAACAUUGAAAAUAAAUAUUUUUCACUUAUAAAUUUCAGUAAAAAAUAUUUUGAUAAUUUAAUAUGAUGAGUGUAAGUUUGCUGGUAAUAAUGGAAUGAAAGAUCAUCUGUUGACUUGUAGGUCACAGUUUUUUUUUUUUACCAUUUUAUUUCUUAAAAGAAAAUAGGAGGUGUCACUGAAGGUUUAGAUGAAGAAAAUCUUUCAUUAUUUUUCAUUAUUUCUCUAGUUGCACAGCCGGUAUAACUGUAGCUCAAACUAUACAUAGGAUUGAUCAAUUAGUUCUUAUCUUGUGCCAUAAAGUAACAUGCCAAUGUGAUCAUUCAAGCCAUACGUAUAAAACCUGUAAAUGUUUUUAAAGUAGUUCAGUAGUGUCGGCCAUAGUAAAACCUUGCAGGUACCUCCCCACCCAGCAUUUUUAAUUUUACAUCAGGAAUAUGGUAGAAACUUGAUUUUACAUUUUCCAAAGCAUCAAUUACAGAAAACAGUAAAAUUGUGGUUCUACUGUAGUAACUAAGCUUUUGACCCAUAUCUAAUAAUUCCAUGUUUUUAUCCUGCAGUGUCAUUUUAUUUUAUUUUUUAUAAUGGUCCUCUUUUCUUAUUUUCCAUUUAACUUGACACUCUGUUCCUCACGCUUUAAAUGUCUCUCUACCUUUCUCCUCUCCUUACCUUCUGUCUUAAUACUUUCUCCUAUUUCUCCUUAUUUCCCAUUGCACCAUUUACCUCUCCUUUGCAGCCAGUUUUGGUCAUUUUCUACUUCCACCCUUUGUGCCAUAUAUUUUUCUCCAUCCCCAUACCAGCAACCACUCCCAUUCUCGGCUUCGUAAUGUUGAAAUAAAAUCUAGUAGUGUGUCUGUACACUGAAGGCACCUGCCUUGUCUGUCUACCGCUAGUUCUGACCAUGCUAUGUAUUUUUAAUCCUACUCAACUAUUAAAAAACAGGCCCCUAAAUGUUUAUUUCACAUUUUCUAUUUCAUUGAUACAAAGAUGAGUAUAUUGUUGAAGGGAUGGACCUGUUGAUUUUGAAUAUAUGAGACACAAUGGUUGACGUGCCGGGUUUAACAGCCAUGCACCAAGUGUGACUUUAGGAUCAAAAUCUCCACAAACACAGACGUUUUAUGAAUAGUUAACGUAUGAAGAAAUGAAAUGUUGGUACAUAAAUAAAUGUAUAAUUUUGCAGUUAUUUUUCAAUAAAAUGGAAUUUUAACUUUUUGAUAAAAAUACUCACUCUUGUU